GUGCCCUCUCUCCCCACGACCCGAAGCGCCAGAGUAGCCUCGAGCUCCGGUGAUCGAUCUAUUUGGAUUGGGACCCCGGCGAUGGCGAAGCAGCUCUGUGCUCCCUCUUCCUCCUUCGGCCUCUUCCCCGCCGACUCCCAGCGAGCGGCGCUGCCUUACGCCGCCGCGGCUUCUAACCUUCCCUCCCCUCGCCUCCGCUGCUCCUUCCCCUCCUUCCGAUCCUCUCCCUUUCUCGGUUCUGCUCCUUCCCCACUUCGUUUUCAGAGGUCAGCGAUCAACUCACACCGGGGUACGUCGGUCGUUUGCGCGGCUUCAUAUCCGGAUCAACUGAGGGCCGCUAGGGAGGACAUUAAGGAGCUUCUCAAGACAACCUUUUGUCAUCCUAUUCUGGUACGUCUAGGAUGGCAUGAUGCUGGCACAUAUGACAAGAACAUUGAGGAGUGGCCACAAUGUGGGGGGGCUAAUGGUAGCUUGCGGUUUGAAAUAGAGUUGAAGCAUUCUGCCAAUGCUGGUCUUGUAAAUGCUCUAAAGCUUCUUCAGCCUAUCAAGGAAAAGUAUCUAGGCAUUACAUUUGCAGAUUUGUUUCAAUUAGCCAGUGCUACAGCCGUUGAGGAGUCUGGUGGUCCUCAUAUCCCUAUGAAGUAUGGAAGGGUUGAUGUCUCUGGACCUGAACAAUGCCCUGACGAAGGAAGACUUCCUGAUGCUGGUCCUCCUUCACCUGCUGAUCAUUUACGGAGUGUAUUCUACAGAAUGGGCUUGGAUGAUAAGGAGAUUGUUGCCUUGUCCGGUGCACAUACGCUUGGUAGAUCCAGACCAGAACGCAGUGGCUGGGGAAAAGCAGAAACUAAGUAUACAAAAGCUGGACCUGGUGCACCUGGUGGACAAUCAUGGACAGUACUGUGGUUAAAAUUCGACAAUAGUUACUUCAAAGACAUCAAAAAACGAAAAAAUGAAGAUCUGUUGGUCCUACCCACAGAUGCUGCUCUAUUUGAAGACCCACAGUUUAAGGUCUACGCUGAGAAUUAUGCAGAGGAUCAAGAUGUUUUUUUCAAAGAUUAUGCUGCAGCCCAUGCAAAACUGAGCAACUUAGGUGCCAAAUUUGACCCUCCAGAGGGGAUCAUAAUUGACGAUGACUCAAAUGUAGCACCAGAGCAUUUUGCUGCAGCGGAGCAUUCUCCUAGUGAAUAAUAGGUGCUCAGCUGCAAAAUUCAUCAAGUGACAGUUUUUAGACGUCUACAACUGUUGGAGAAAUAAAUUGCAUUCGAUCACCAACUGAAUUAUGUAUGAGUUUCCGAAACGUUGGCGUAAUUUAAUAUUUUCUGCGCA